AUGCCCAAUAUCCCCCCAAACGAUCCAGCCCAUCCCAGGUGGCUGCUUGAUACCGAAAAAUGGGCUAUCUGCGACUAUGGAGCAAUUAAGCAAGACGUGAUGAAGCACGGAUAUGGCAUCAUCUCCUACACCUGGGGUAGGUGGGCCUCAUGGGACCAGCAGCCCCCUGGCGUGCCAACCGGGCUACAGUGGCGAGUUCCUCUCGUGGAAAACCUGCCCUUGAGCUUGGCUCGGAAUGUAGUCUCGAGUAUGAACAUUCGAUACGUGUGGUGGGACUGGAUGUGUGUUCCCCAGGGGAACGCAAGCACCUUACACGCAGAUCUUUUGAAAGCCAAAGGUGAAGAGGUUGGGAAGCAGAUGGCAAUUUACAAAGGUGCAAAGAAAAGCAUCGUAUGGCUUCAUCUCACGGAAUGGAACAAGAACUUUGCUAUCGAGAAGUUACUGAAAAACCAGCUAUCAAUGCAGAACAUCUCCAAAUACCUGGAUGCCAUAGAUGCAAUGCUCCAGGGAAUACAGAAAGCCGAGCCUUGGUUAACAUCUGGCUGGACACUACAGGAGGGGGUCCUUCUCAGCGAGACCCUUUUGUUAGAUCAUCAGGGUACGACAUUACGCGAUGACCGUUUCUUCCACAACGACGGCCAAGCCUCCGUCCUUGACCUCACAGCCGGUCUCACAACUUUCGCAGUUGGCAUCGCCAAAGCCUUCAUGAAGCUCAGUGCGGCGCAAGAUGAUAGUGAUCACGACGAGAUUUUUCAGUUCAUCCGUACCUCGGACGAACAUUACCAAUCCGUCGCAAAGUUCCUCUCCCGUCUAUUGCGCUCAGGUCUGAUUGCCUACACUAAGAAUUCCCCGCUGUACAUCUUGGCCGGCAAGUUCUCGCGCAAAUACGGCGUGGACAAGGAUGAGUGCUGGGCAUUGCUGGGAGCACUGGAGCUAGAGGGUGUUGAACCUUGGUACACUGAGACUCCGGACAUGGAUCGGGUCAAGUCCGUCUUCUUUGAAGCUAUGCUCCAGAAGUAUCAGUGGUCGACGCUGCUGGUGGCCGGCGCAAGUGCAGACAAUCAUAAGCUUGCUCGACUACCGUGGCACACUAAAGUGACCGAUGGACACUACCUGCCCUUGGGGAUAUUCUUCGACGUCCAUUGGAAACCAAACCUCCCAACCCUUUCUUGGACACGCCAUGAAAAGCUACAAGACGAUGUCAUCCAUAUCCGAAACAAGACAGGAGCACCAUUUACUGUUAUAAAGCUUCGUGAGAAGUGCUCCGCGUUGUGUAGGCGUUACGAACAGCUCCCCUCUCCCGAUGACAAAGGGUUCAUUCGUAUUGUGCCUGUCAAGCCCUUGGAACAUUCACCAGCACUGUUCCUCCCAAUUGCAGACCUGGAAAUCAGGUCAGGCACACCAGGUGCACGUUACAUUGAAAUCAUUCCAACUGGAGCGAGUGAAACCGGUAAAUUCAGGGGUGUAAUUGAUGUUUGGGCGACCAAGGCGUCUUUGGAGGAGGUUUCCUUCACCAAACUAUCAAUGCCGAGCGGGGUCUAA